AGAGGCCCGCCGAAUGCCUUGCGUCUCUCUCCCACUCAACUAUGAUCGGUCUGCCGCGCGCGCAGCACUAGAGAAUUAGGCGCAUUGAAUCGGCACAUGCUUGUGUCUCUGUCUUUGUCUUUCUCGAACGUUCUUGGCGUUGGAAAAACAAGAAAGCGUCAUAAUACAAGUUCACACGUGUGGUUAAAGUAUCGUCAGCUGUGUCUGUAGUGAAAAUGUGGAGUGCUUAGAUUCGUCAUUUACAACAACUACAACAAUAAAGAAGGAGGAGACGGCAUCCCAGUCCCCCUCGCUCCGCACCAUGGCCUGAACCAGAACUGGACGCGAGAGGUCACCGUCGCCGAUCACAUCUCUUAGGACACAGCGGUGCCCAGCCCAAGCAGGACACACCGCCACUGUACUCUCCACUGAGUCCUCUGGGUGGUCCUCACAGUGAUGACACCCGGGCGUUUCCUCCCGCCCAAUCCGAAACAAGAACUUAACGAAACUUCUGUGUCCGUUAAGCACCUGCGUCAGGCGGUAGGUGAGGACGCCGUGGCGUCUCUCAAGUCACUUCUCAAAGAGGGGACUUACCGCUGCAACAGCAGAGAGCCCAGCCCUCGGUUGCGACAGUCGUUGCUGUCAUUCCACCAUGAGAUCGCCUCAUCACGAUAGUUACCUACAAUCACACAGAUUUCGCUUUUCUGCUUACCCCUAAAUGUAAAAUGUUGCGUGACGCUAUUACCUUGCCAGCAUUGAAAACUAAUAGAUAUCAAUCAAGGUGUCAAACUAAAAAAAAUCAAAAUAUUUUAGUAAAAAAAAACUAAUGAAUGUCUUCAAAAUCAAAUGACAAAUGAAUGAAAUUGACAAUUUGACAUUUGUAUUUUCUAUUCACGGUGAUGGGCAAUAAGAUUUUGUGAAUCACAAUAUUUACAUAAAAUACUGCGCAAAUUUGAAUAUAAUUGCUCAUAUUGUUCAUUUUUAAUGUGAUUUAUCGAUAUUGUAGUGAAUUUGUUUUGAUAAUAAAAUAUAACCUAGCAAAUGCUGGUAGAAUGCAGGUGGUAGCUAAAGUUCGUCUAUUUCGGAGUCCGUACACAAUAUUCUUUAUAACUGAGGACCUGAGCAUCUUACCUGAUGAACAAUACUAUAAAUCCAUUGGUGUGAAGAUAGGUGACUGUUGUGAACUGGAAAUAGACGGAGAAGAUGAAGUUAAAAAGAAGCUAAGAGUGAGAACGAAUGCGUUAUUUCUACAGCCUUUUGUGAAGGAGUGUGUGAACUCUGAUGUGUACAGAGCCAAUGUGGUGUCACACUUGAACCGGCUGGGCGGAUAUCCUGCGUGUGGAACAGUGUUUUUGAAAUUAAUUCUGGAACCUCCAGAUACAGAAAUCAUUGACUAUGCUUGGAAUGAAAGAAUCCUCCGUCUGAUAUGGACAAGAGUUGAGAUUGAGAAUGCCUUUUCAUGGCUGUCAACAUUGGGAGGUGCCUAUUCUGCUCUCGGUGACUAUUUUGAUCAUUGUGCGGAGGAAGCAGGUAGAAUAUCACUCCGGCAAUAUAAGCUGUCCAGAAUGCUUGGUGAUGAAGGGUUGGCAGCAAGAAGUCGCCUUUACUCAGCACUGUCACAAGCCCAGAAAGGCAACCUACACAUAUCUAGGAACAUAGUAAGGAAUGUUGCGGAGUUUGCAAGAGAAACACACGACAAACGUUUGAUACGUAUGUGCCAAGGUGUUUGGGCUAAACUCAAGUACUUGAGAUCCUUAAAGCAUGAGUCCCAGACCGCAGAAGAUAAAGAAGACAAAGACUGCGAUAUGAAAAACGGGAAAGUGCAAAAUGCUGUUUCAAAUUGAACCUUAUAAUAGAUGCAUAGUGAUGAAAACUCAUUGUCUAUGUUUUAAUCAUGGGUCCUGAUUCUGUAUCCAGCAAUAUGUAAGUGCAUUAUUUUUUAGAUCUAGUUGUCUAUUCAAUGCAAUUGAUUAUAUUUUUUCCAUUUAACUAUGUUGAGUUUAUACUGCCAAUGAUUUAUUUGAAAUAAUGUCUUAUUGUUAUGUGAGUUGGUUCCAUUAUUCAGUGACUAUGUGCAAUGUUAAUAAAGUUUGUGCAAUUGCAAGGUUCCAAUAUUUUAUUUUUCAUUUAAUGUGCUGACAUAAAUAUGAUUUUAGUAUAGUCAAAUAUGGCCCAAAUAAUUCCAAUAUACAUCUGUGUCUUAGUAAAACUUAUAUAAGUUGAUCAAUACUGCUGUGUAUAGGUCAAGUAUAUGUAGGUACAUUAGGAAUUCAAGGUUUUCUGAGCCUCCAUCUCGCCAUGUCUCCCUAAGAUAUGGAAAAAAUUCAAUAAAAUGCUCUGUAAUUGUAUAGUUAAAUGAUUCUGUACAAUUUUUUUCCAUCAAAUUGUGAUUAAA